UGUUGCCUUAAUAAUCUUCACCCUCUCUCUCUCUCUCUCUCUCUCUCUGAAACGAUGGGCUGUUGCGGCGACAACGACGAGGAUGAUCCGAUCCCUAUCCUUACGCAGCCCCUCAACCCAGUGGAGUCUUCAACCGACAUAUCGGCUGAGACCCCAAUCACCAUCUCUCCAAUGAAUUCCCACUUCUCGGCGCUCACGUGCCGGGACACACUCCGGCUGAUCUUCGAAAAGCUUCCGGUGGCGGACUUGGCUCGGGCGAGCUGCGUUUGCAGGGUGUGGAACUCGGUGGCGUCGGAUGGUGAAAUUGUGAGGAGCACGUUUAUGAGUCCGUGGAAAUUGAAGGAGGUAAUAGGGAAGCCUGUGUCUGGAAGUUUUUGGAGAGAUAAUGGCAUCUGGAAGUUCUCUAUUUCGCACAAGAUUGCAAGGGGGGAUACUGUUGCUAGUCUUGCGGUCAAGUAUUCGGUUCAGGUUAUGGACAUAAAACGGUUAAACAAUAUGAUGAGUGACCAUGGCAUACAUUCCAGGGAGAGAUUACUAAUCCCUAUAAGCAAUCCAGAAAUUCUCAUGAAUGGCACAUGCUACGUAGAGUUGGAUACCUAUGCAAAAAGGGAAGUGGCAGUGCUGUAUCUUGAGGGUGAACCUGACAGAAAGUUGAGGUGUUUGUCAAACUGGGCAACCUCUGACCGAGGCAAGAGAAGGGUUCUUGACUCUUUAAAGAGAAGUAUGCAAGUUGAUGAUGGGACUGCUCAAUAUUACUUGUCUAUUUCAAAUGGUGACCCCCGGGCUGCUAUCACAGAGCUCUCAGCAGACCUCAAGUGGGAGAGGCAAGCAGGGUUAGGUUAGUUGGAAAUCUCAAAUUGAUGAUGAAUUGAACAUGAAGAAGUAUCAUUCUGGAUCAAAGUUUUCACACUUCAGUUAUCCUCAAUAACAUCUCGUUGAGUGAGCAAAGAGCAAGUGUUAAUAUCAUAUUCAUGGUACUCGUGGUAAUUACUAUUUGACUCAGCAGUAAAGUUAUGAUCCUCUGUCUUCUGAUCAAGAUAAAGCAAGUGAUAGAUGUUUGCCUUGAUUUGGCCUAGUUCAACUGCUUCAGUUUCCUUUGUUGCAUCUUACAAAUGCCUUGAGCUAAUGUGUUACUUGUAUUGUAUAUGUGUUUGUGGGUCAACUUCUGUCUCACUUCUGAAUUUAUGUUUAUGAAUUGAAAACUGAAUUUGUCCAAAUAGGAAUGUUUUAUCACU